UCCGGUUGUCGUCUGUUCGUGUGGCAGUUUCCCUGGCUGCCGGAUAGCUGACAUGCUAGUGGAUGCUACACCGAGCUCAGCGUCUGAUGUUGUCUGAACUUUUCUCCUCUUCAGAUUAAUCAGUGUCCAAAUGGCGAAGUCUAAGAACCACACAACCCACAACCAGUCUCGUAAAGCCCACAGGAAUGGCAUCAAGAAGCCCAGAUCUCAGCGCUACGAGUCUCUGAAGGGGGUGGACCCUAAGUUCCUGAGGAACAUGCGCUUUGCUAAGAAGCACAACAAGAAGGGCAUGAAGGCGGCGCAGAAGGCAGUUCAGGCGAAAUAGGCUGCUAUCCGGUCACCUCCAUGUCUGUCAGCGUUCCACGUUUCCACCAUCACAAUAAAGCUAUGCUUUGUUAACAAAA